AUGGACACCACAGGAAUUGCGACACCUCUCACAUCAACAUCCCAAUUCAUCCAAGCAGACGAUGACGAUGACCUCGAUGAAGAAUCUAUCCCGGGAUUCACGCAUCCUUCACUGGCUACUCCGCUGUCUCCGCACAUUAAUAAAGGAAAAGGUCGGGCUCCAGAACAACCAAGAUCUGCCUCUGCUGCCAACUUCCCCACUAGCCCUGUCUCUGGGAACAUAGGGAGUGCGCCGAAUGUUGGACCAAGGCCAGCCCGAAGCACAGUCGGCGGCGUUCAGGUCGAGAUGCGCUAUACAGGAGUCGAUACUCUCGAUGAACCUGUGUCAACCACCAUUGGGAGAGAUCUACUUUCUAUUUAUACAAAGACAGUACAUGUACUAUACCCCCCAAAAGCAGGAAGUCGAGAGGUCCUUCGGGAUUGGGAUCUUUGGGGUCCACUAGUAAUCGGCUUGACGCUAGGCAUUUUGCUCACCAUUAGGGCCUCGCCAUCGCAGUCUCUCCCUAUUUUCUCCAGUGUCGUGUGCAUCAUGACAUUUGGCUCACUAGUAGUAACUGUUCAAGCCAAACUUUUAGGCGGUCGAGUCUCUUUCUUCCAAGGCCUCUGCGCGUUUGGCUACUGUGUUGCGCCUUUGAAUGUGGCUGCGCUAGUAGCAGUGUUUGUGCAUUUGAUCUACGUCCGGGCCCCUAUCACAUUGGCAGCUUGGGCGUGGUGUAUAUGGGCAUCGAGAAAUUUCCUGGAAGGUACGAAGCUGGAGAAACAGCGGACGAUGCUCGCCGUCUAUCCUCUUUUACUAUUCUACUCUAUACUAGCUUGGAUGAUCGUCAUUCAAUAA